ACCAGAGAGAUAUUAUUCCGCCGCGGAGGAUAUGUCAAAAUAUCGUUUUCAAAAAUACUAUUUUUGACUAAUUGUUUAUGAGUAAACGUAGGAUUAUUAAGUAAAAUAAUACUGUUAAAAUGAAUACUGUACAUUGAAACAGCGCGCUUCGGAUCAGUGAGAACUACUUUCAAAUGCGGACGGAUAUUGACAGAUGACGUAUGCAGACUCCUGUAUAUAAUACAGUGUUGUUCUGUGCCGCAGUAUCGUUCUUUAGCGGAAACUCACAAGAAGACAUCUUGCGCAAGCAGAAUACUAAAUAUUUGCAGUACAGUGCAAACAUGCAGAUCUUUGUGAAGACCCUGACCGGUAAGACCAUCACCCUUGAGGUUGAGCCCAGUGACACCAUUGAGAACGUGAAGGCCAAGAUCCAGGACAAAGAAGGCAUUCCCCCUGACCAGCAGAGGCUGAUCUUUGCCGGCAAGCAGCUGGAAGAUGGCCGCACGCUCUCUGACUACAACAUCCAGAAGGAGUCCACCCUCCAUCUUGUCCUGCGUCUGAGGGGAGGCAUGCAGAUCUUCGUCAAGACCCUCACCGGUAAGACCAUCACCCUGGAGGUUGAGCCCAGUGACACUAUUGAGAACGUGAAGGCCAAGAUCCAGGACAAGGAAGGCAUCCCCCCCGACCAGCAGAGGCUGAUCUUUGCCGGCAAGCAGCUGGAAGAUGGCCGCACGCUGUCUGACUACAACAUCCAGAAGGAGUCCACCCUCCAUCUUGUCCUGCGUCUGAGGGGAGGCAUGCAGAUCUUCGUCAAGACCCUCACCGGUAAGACCAUCACCCUGGAGGUUGAGCCCAGCGACACCAUUGAGAACGUGAAGGCCAAGAUCCAGGACAAGGAAGGCAUUCCCCCCGACCAGCAGAGGCUGAUCUUUGCCGGCAAGCAGCUGGAAGAUGGCCGCACGCUGUCUGACUACAACAUCCAGAAGGAGUCCACCCUCCAUCUUGUCCUGCGUCUGAGGGGAGGCAUGCAGAUCUUCGUCAAGACCCUCACCGGUAAGACAAUCACCCUGGAGGUUGAGCCCAGCGACACCAUUGAGAACGUGAAGGCCAAGAUCCAGGACAAGGAAGGCAUUCCCCCUGACCAGCAGAGGCUGAUCUUUGCCGGCAAGCAGCUGGAAGAUGGCCGCACGCUCUCUGACUACAACAUCCAGAAGGAGUCCACCCUCCAUCUUGUCCUGCGUCUGAGGGGAGGCAUGCAGAUCUUCGUCAAGACCCUCACCGGUAAGACCAUCACCCUGGAGGUUGAGCCCAGCGACACCAUUGAGAACGUGAAGGCCAAGAUCCAGGACAAGGAAGGCAUUCCCCCCGACCAGCAGAGGCUGAUCUUUGCCGGCAAGCAGCUGGAAGAUGGCCGCACGCUCUCUGACUACAACAUCCAGAAGGAGUCCACCCUCCAUCUUGUCCUGCGUCUGAGGGGCGGUGCAAACAUGCAGAUCUUCGUCAAGACCCUCACCGGUAAGACCAUCACCCUAGAGGUUGAGCCUAGUGACACCAUUGAGAACGUGAAGGCCAAGAUCCAGGACAAGGAAGGCAUUCCCCCCGACCAGCAGAGGCUGAUCUUUGCCGGCAAGCAGCUGGAAGAUGGCCGCACGCUCUCUGACUACAACAUCCAGAAGGAGUCCACCCUCCAUCUUGUCCUGCGUCUGAGGGGAGGCAUGCAGAUCUUCGUCAAGACCCUCACCGGUAAGACCAUCACCCUGGAGGUUGAGCCCAGCGACACCAUUGAGAACGUGAAGGCCAAGAUCCAGGACAAAGAAGGCAUUCCCCCUGACCAGCAGAGGCUGAUCUUUGCCGGCAAGCAGCUGGAAGAUGGCCGCACGCUGUCUGACUACAACAUCCAGAAGGAGUCCACCCUCCAUCUUGUCCUGCGUCUGAGGGGAGGCAUGCAGAUCUUCGUCAAGACCCUCACCGGUAAGACCAUCACCCUGGAGGUUGAGCCCAGCGACACCAUUGAGAACGUGAAGGCCAAGAUCCAGGACAAGGAAGGCAUUCCCCCCGACCAGCAGAGGCUGAUCUUUGCCGGCAAGCAGCUGGAAGAUGGCCGCACACUCUCUGACUACAACAUCCAGAAGGAGUCCACCCUCCAUCUUGUCCUGCGUCUGAGGGGCGGUCAAUAAAUGAUUCCAUGUUUUUACUUGAUUUACAUGACAACCUAACUCAAUAAAAGAUGAGAGAUUAAA